CCACCGCCGGAACGGGUUCCAAGACGACGACGCCGCCGCCGGCCACGGCCGCUCGUUCGCCGCCUUCGCCGCGUCGUCGAUCACCGCCAGGAGCGCCUCCAUGAAUUUCCCCGUCGCCGUGUUGUGGAUGCUGUGACCGCCUUCCACGAACUCCCUUACCUGAACCGAAGGCAGGCGCUUCUGCAUGUCCCGAAUGCCGUCCGGUCCGUCCCAAUCCGUCACCGUGCCUCCAAACGCCGUGGGCCCCGCGACCCAGAGGUGGACCGAGAACGGCAAUGCUUUGUGCGAAGCGAGGGCGUCCCAAUUGCGAGUCGCAGCAUCGCAGGCCAGCACGUUCGCGCGCGCGAGCUGCUGCGCUUGCGGGUUCACGUCGCUCCAGUAGCCGCCGCCGGCGAUGGGCCGGACCCGCGACCCGAGCCAGCCCUGGACGCGGUCGGCCUCGUAGUGCUUCUCGAGGGCCGCGACCGCGUCCUUUUCACUCGCAAAUUCCCUAUCAAAUUCUUCGAUCUCCUCGGUCUCCUGGGGCCGCCGGCCCCACUUCUCGCGGUUCCGGCAGUCCAUGUCCUCGACGACGACCGCCGCGAGGCGGUCGGGUGCUUCCCGCGCGGAAAUCGCCGCCACGGCCAUGGCCACGCGGCCGCCCAUGCUGUGGCCCACGAGGAUCCAAGGUCUCUGAACGCCGUGCUGGACCUCGACGGCGUGGAUCACGUCCCUCGCCAGCGCCUCCGUGGAAAAGCUCGCCGGAUCACCGAGCGGGCUCUCGCCGUGGCCGCGCUGGUCGAGCGCCAGCGCGGGCAGGCCCGCCUCGUGCAGCUUCGGCAAUACCUGGUGCCACGUCUGCUUGCUGCUGUCGAGGCCGUGUACCAAUACAGUGGUGGGCGUGUUCCUGCCGCGUACGCUCGAGGCGAGCGGCACGCGCUUAUCGCCGCCCAGCGAGAGCGCGCUCGACUGUUGUCCGAGCAGCGCUGCUGCCGGCGCCCAUCUAGCAAGCUGCCACAGUCUUGGGCUGGCCAUGGUGAUGAGUGCUACGAGAUAGCCAACGAGAGCGCCGACGAGGAGCUGGCGCAUGUAUUUCUAUACAGCACUGCACGAAUUUGGCGUACAAGCCGCAGCGAGCUCUGUCCG